AUGGGCCAACAACAGUCUAAGAGCAGCGAUGGAUCUAGAACCCCGCUAAAGAGUGGCUCUUCUUCAAAUCUGGUUCCUGAUACUCUGCAACAAUAUCCCUCCAUAUCCAAAUCUGACACCAAGGAGAGCUCCUCCAGGUCCAUUAGAUCUUCAAUUAGGAGUAAAAUCAAGAGUUCGGGAGAUGACAAAGCCACGGACAGCCCAAGAGCAUCAGGUUCCGUCCUCGCUGGGCUGGACGGAUCCAAUAAUGACAAGGGCGAUGCGAGCUCCAUUGCGAGCGGCCGUUCAGGUUCCUCGCGUGCCACCAAAGAGAAGGUCACAAAUACACCAUUGGUAGAAUCUCCCAUUUCGCCAACCGAUUAUGAUGAAGCUCCAUCUCCUGGCACUCUCACUCCUGCCAGACCGCCAUCGCCAACCCAGUCUAAGUCCGUAGGCAAGGGUCACAAGUCUGUAGAUCGAGCUCAACGUACCGGGGAGGUGGGAGCAGUCUCUGAUGAAGCUCCUCAUCAAGCCCAUCAUCAUUCCUCUACACAAAAAGCGGGCGAUUCUAUUUUGGUCAAGCGCGAAAAUCAGAUCAACCCUCGAGCACCCGAGACCAAAGCUUCCUUGCGAGCUAAAUUAGCAGAGCUGCCAGGAGCGUCUCCCGGAGGAAGCAUGGCAAUUGGUGAUGUCAAUGAUAUGGAUCUGGAUGAUAUGAUUUCUCGUCUCCUUGACGCCGGGUACACUACCAAGGUCACAAAAGCGGUAUGUCUUAAGAACGCCGAGAUCACCGCUGUGUGUACUGCCGUCCGAGAAGUGCUCCUUUCUCAGCCAGCCCUCUUGGAACUGAACGCUCCCGUGAAAAUUGUGGGCGACAUCCAUGGGCAAUACAAUGAUUUGAUUCGACUGUUUGAGAUGUGCGGGUUUCCUCCCACGUCGAAUUUCCUAUUUCUCGGGGAUUACGUUGAUCGAGGAAAGCAAUCGCUUGAGACUAUCCUCCUCCUGUUCUGCUACAAGCUGAAAUAUCCGGAAAAUUUCUUCAUUCUUCGGGGCAAUCAUGAGUGUGCCAACGUCACGCGUGUCUAUGGGUUCUACGACGAAUGCAAGAGAAGAUGCAACAUCAAGGUUUGGAAAACAUUUAUUGACACUUUCAAUUGCUUGCCAAUAGCUUCCAUUGUGGCCGACAAAAUCUUCUGUGUUCAUGGUGGUCUAUCCCCCAGUUUAUCUCACAUGGACGACAUUCGACAAAUUGCACGACCGACUGACGUUCCUGACUAUGGUCUCCUCAAUGAUCUCUUGUGGAGUGAUCCGGCAGAUAUCGAUCAGGAUUGGGAGUCUAACGAACGUGGAGUGAGCUAUUGCUUUGGCAAGAAAGUGAUUGUUGACUUUCUCGCCCGUCAUGAUUUUGAUCUUGUUUGUCGCGCUCACAUGGUGGUUGAAGAUGGAUAUGAAUUUUUCAAUGACCGAUUGCUUGUCACCGUUUUCUCCGCUCCAAAUUACUGCGGUGAGUUCGAUAAUUGGGGCGCUGUAAUGUCGGUGUCCAGCAACCUCCUGUGUAGUUUCGAACUCCUGAAGCCUCUGGAUUCGAGCGCUUUGAAGAGUCAUAUCAAAAGAGGUCGGAAUGCGCGACAGAACAUGCUCAACAGUCCCCCUGCACAGGUGUCCGCUCAGAGCCUUUAG